CCUCUACGAACCCAGCAAUGGAACUUGCCGACAACGUUGUCCCGUCCUACUUGGGAAAUAAACGGGUACCCUUUAGUUCCCCGCGGUUUGGCUAAGUAGCCAGAACACGCAAAUAAAAGACGAGGGCUCGCAGCUUGCCCCGUCGCAAAACCCUCACAAGGGAUCCCUACUUGCUUGCCCUCUCUGUGUCAGUCGCGAUUAACAGACCAAACAAAACAAAACAAAAAAACACGGCCUUUCAAAGCAUCUACCAACGAACUAAAGUGCCCGUCACGGUCCGGUCCGAACUUGCUAUUAAACCGCCAAUCACGCGCUUGUCAACGGCCCUCUUCGAUCCAUCUAUGAUCUGAUCUGAUCUGAUCUGAUUUAUCUCUAUUUUAUUUUGGUGUGAGGUUUACAGUACCGUACAGCAUUUAUUCUGCCCCGCCACCACUGUUUGAGCCCAUCUCAAAAUUUCGGCUGAUUCUUUUUUACUUUUGUUUGUUACUUUUGUCGUCCUUGAACUUACUUCACUCCACCUGCUACUUUAGCACCCUACCCCAUCCUUGCCGCCUGCAAAUAUUCGCCCUGAAUCCAGCCCGUCGCUACUGUACCGUACUGCACUGUCAGCCAACCAGCCCCAAAUCAGAAAUCCCCGCCUUCUGAGCGCCCCCCCAAACCACAUAUAUCCCUCCCUCCCUCCAAGCUCAGGGCUUUCACUCAGCCCUCCGUGAGCCUAGAGCGGUCUUUUACACAGCGAAUAGUCGCCCCUUGUCGUCUUUUAGGGCGCUUUUGGGGCUUAGCAAUUCUUCAUUCUUGCUACCCCAGCUCGGUGUGCCGUUGUGGCGAAAUCAAUUAUCUACGGCGUGCCACUGUCUACGCGACGGUGCACUACAUACCAGAUCGCAAUUAACUGUCUUGCGGGAAGCCUCGAGGAGACCUCAUAAACAUAUCGAGACUUUGGUACAAGCGGCGCCAAAACUUGCUCGUGUGACUUACAAUAGUCCCAUAGGCCAGUCAUCAACGGAGAUCAGGAACGAUUGACCAAGAAAUACGCCAGAACAGAAGCAACACGCUACACAAGGAGUUUAUCCAUUGUGUCACGACUUUUGAAAGCAUUGGUUGUUAUUACGCCGGUAAAGAUAUUUCCCGGCAAUAUACCCACGACGCACGUACGCCACAAGAUCGGACUUCCCGAGAAUAAACUCAGAGGAACUCCGCUUGAUCGCGAGCUUCGCCGUUGCAAGUCUGCCGCCACUUACAAUUGAAAACGAAUCCCGCAUACUUCAGACGAAGGCCUUCGCUUAAACCUGCGCUCAGAUUCUAUCAUUUCACGUUUGUGUCACACAUCAUUAAUUGUUUAUCAUAUCGUGUCGCCAAGAUCUGCUGCCGUUGCCCUUCAUGGAGCACACCUUCAUAACUGUCCACGAUACUUCUCCUGAUGCUAGGAUCACUUUCGCAUCUGCUUCUAUCGAACAGAUUCUAGGCUACCGGCCUGAGGAGGUCUACAUGAGAUCGUCCUUUGACUUCUUUCAUCCAGAAGAGGUCCCAUUUGCACGCCGUGUUCAUAGUCGCGGCCUGCGACUCGACAAGGCUGCCGUUCUACAUUAUGCCCGGCUUCGGGGGAAGGACGGUCGGUGGAUUGGCUGUGAAUGCUGCUUCACCGUUGUCUACAAUGUCUUGGUCGCUUGUAUCAGCUUGUACCGGCGAGGCACCAGAAGCGAGCAGAGAGCCAAGGACGCCCCCCUUAUCCGGAGGCUCUUCUCUUGCUCGCCUCGUGACCCGCGGUACCACAUGCUGGAGUAUCUUUCUCCCAAGUUCACAUCAGUACCUGUCGAGAGGGAACCGCGUGGGGCUUUGAUCCUAAACCGCUUCAGCCGAAACCUUACCAUCAUGCACGCAACCUUUGCUGUUGACUCCAUCCUGGGCGGACGUUCUCUGGAAGAAAUUCGAGGCUCAAGUUUUUACGACUACAUUGAGGACGACUGUGUUCCCGAGGCGGAAAGAUGUCUUGAGAGUGCCAAGUCGAAUGACUCGAUCGCAUAUUUGAGGUUCUGGGUGAAAGACGCAAGGGCUCCCGCUCAGGGUCCGGACGUCGCGAUGAACGACGAAGAAGAUAGCGAUCCGGAUUCGGACAAUGGAGGAGUGCGACUGUCGUCUGCGGACGUGGAUGGCCGCUCGCAAGUUGAUGGGCCAUCACAGCAAAACCGCAAUGAAAAUGGCAACGGCCAGCAAAUUGUAGCGGCGCACAAUGAUACAGGUCCAGGCAUUGCUGCCGCAGAGGAACAACCGCAGGGCAUCGAAGUUGAGGCUGUGGUGUCUUGCGCAUCCGACGGGCUCGUGGUAAUUAUCAGAAAAGCCCGGCCCCUCAUUCCCGCCCUCCAACAGCCACGGCAACCGGCGGCACCUUAUAACCAACACCAUGGACUUUUUGCUGCUCCAUGGGGCCGGGAGAUUAUUCGACCCAAUGUGCCACUGGAUCAGGUACAUCAGUUCCAUGCCCCACUCCGGCCUGAGUACAUGCCCCUCAGGGAGCCUGUCAAGCCUGUGAGUGGUCCGCCGGACGAGCAGUUCAUGAUGGCCAUCAAAGAUGUAGCAGUCUUUGCAUGGGCACUGGUUGGCAUAAAUGGCAAUUUCGCCAAGCAUUGUAAAGGAGUUCCUCAAGGCGAAGCACAGCCUCCAGAUGGCUUCCCAGUCUGGGAUCCAGCUGGUGGUGACCUCGAGUAUCAGGGACCCGAAAACCAAGCCGCUCUGAGAUGGGCAAGGCUCGGUAAGGCUGCCCAGACGCCCAUGGGUUCGGAUAUACCCUACGGGAGCUAUGCCCCUGAUUCGCAGUUUGGAGGGGCCCCGAGAAUGUAUCAUAAGCCGCAAGGGUACGUUGAGAGACACACAUAUAUGCACUCAGUCCAGCGCUUGCCCCAGUACUCUACAUCACCCUACACUUUUGGACAACAGCAAGAACAGCAACAGCACCAACCACCACCGCCACCACCAUCACACCUACAACAGCUGCAUCCACAUCAACGUCAGUAUCAGCAGCAUGAAGAUCAAUACCAUCAACAACAGCAGGCUUUGCAAUAUUCGCAAACGCAGCAAGCCCCUCGCGGUCUCUGGUCGCCACACGAUUACGUGAGAGACGGCGUGACGGGAGAUGCGUGGCAGCAAGAUCAACGUGGGCAAGGAGACACACGUACGCCUUCAUCGGUGCCACAUAACGGAUCAUCAACCAGCAGUGGACUGCCGACGACGCAGACAGGAGAUUCGGGAUAUUCUACGCAAAACGAAUUCAGGUGGCCGUAAGAAACCUGUCUGCUGGGAUGAGUGACAUGGUGUAAGCAUGCAAUAAUAUAUAACGUAAUGUCUGAUGAUCAUAUAGGAAGAGUGUUCGCAAAAAGGUGAAAGGCAAAAAAAGUACUUAGCAAAUUCCAGAUACAUAAAAAAUAAAAUAUGAU